AUGGCUCGUGGGCUUCGAGCCAAGAAUGGGAUAGUCAAACACAGUGGUGGUGACGGUGGUGGUGGUCUGGAGGACCUGAAUUCUGAUAACCUUUUGGUCAUUAAGCUUCCUGAUUCAAGGGUUUUGAGGGUUGUGUCAAGGUCCUUGUUCUUGGCCAUGGUUGUGGUCUCGUUACCCUGCAUUGGGUUCAUUUUCAGGGGACCCUCUGCCUCCUACAUCGAGGCUUCUGAAUUUAGCAAUGAAGCUGAUUCGAUUGAAUUCGAGUCAUUGCCUUUGCUUUUUCAGGAUUUGGUCCAUGAAGGCCUAAUUCGAGAAGGCCAUAGAGCUCUUAUCUUGAGCUCUGGCAUUGGGGAUCCAGUCUACAAUUUGAGGUUCUUCAAUAUUUUAAGCUCUGGCUUUGGGGAUCCGGUGUACAAUUUGGGGUUGUUCAACGAUAAUGAGAUUGAAAUUGUACCAGAAUCUGAUUUAGAGCACUCGGGAUUCAUCCCAGAUGAGAAGUUUGAUAUUGUGUUUGCCUCUUCCUUCAGAGCUAUUAAGCUCGUUGAUCCCCUUAUCAAAACUGGUGGCAUUUUAGCCUUACAGUUGAGCGAGACCUUCAAAGAAAUACCAAAUUAUAGAAUUGUGUAUGUCAGGCGAUUCAAUUCAACAGUUGUGGCUGUGAGGAAAACUGUUGAGGGAAACGAGGAAUUGAAUUCCUCAACAAAAAGAGGCCUUUGUGCAAUGCCCUCUCAGGCCAAGAAGGCAGCAUUGAAGGGUCUUGAAAGUGCUUUGCUUGAGUCACCAAGGCAUGCUUUAAAACAAUCAAGACAGUACUUAAAGAGAACCAAGUUCCUCCCUGACUUGCUGGGGGAUUCUCUUGAAGGUUACCCACAACGAAUAUUCAUCAAUGUGGGCUUCAAGGAAGACAGCAGUGCUACAAUGGAUUGGUUUCAUCAGAACUACCCGAAAAGGAAUCAAGAUUUUGUGAUUUACAAUUUGGAGAUAGAUUGUCAGCCAGGCAGCCUAAUGCCACAAAUGGGGAAGGCUACAAAUGUUGGAAUAUCGGGUUGGUUAAUGGAGAAUGUGAAGGAAGAGGAGUACGUUGUGAUGAAGGCAGAGGCAGAAGUGGUGGAGGAAAUGAUAAAAGGGAGAACAGUCUGUCUGGUGGAUGAACUGUUUCUGGGGUGCAACCACCAGAGGCAGAAAGGGGAAAACAAUAAGCAGAGAGCUUAUUGGGAGUGCUUGGCCUUGUAUGGGAGGCUGAGAGAUGAGGGAGUUGCUGUGCACCAAUGGUGGGGCUGA